UCUAUAAUUAAUAUUUAAAAUUAAUUAUAAAUAAAAUGGAUAUAUAUAAAUUAUGAUGUAAUUUUAAAUAAUUAAUUUGAACCAUUAGAUUACAGGCUAUCAAAUAUCGCUAUUGAUAAGCCCUAUAUACGUAUAUAUAUAUGUAUAUCGUCUCUGGCAGAAAGGGAAGAGAUAAAAGGAGGCAAUUUAGGUAAAUUCACUCAUUGGUAUACUAUUGAUUAUAACAAUGGUGAUGCAAACUAGGUCUACAAAGAAGAGGCAAGCAUUACGGUUAUUCUCCAGUUUUACAGAUGACUUGCUAAAUGAAAUUCUGAUUCGUCUCCCAGAUUCCAAAACCAUAGCCAGGUGUGGACUCGUUUGCAGGCAUUGGUGGGAAUUAAUUCACUCUCAACAUUUCAAACGCAUAGUAACUCAUCAUCAUAUCCACCAACGACAUCAACUCCCACAUUCACUUCUCAUAAAAUUAUAUAAAGAUAAUUCUCUUAUACAGACAACAAAAAACACGUCUCACAACAUUCUCUACAAAAAUCUUAAAAUUGAGUCCACUUUUGAUGAUCUAUUACUAAUCAAAGGAGAAACAGAUGGGUUUUAUAUAUCCAAUCCCCUCACACACCAAUCGUUCAAACUCCCCAAACCUCCACAUCUUUUUAUGCUUCGUACUAUCUAUACGAGUGGAUUAGUUUUGUACCCUUUGUUGGAUCGAUUUCGAGUGGUACUGUUAACAAUAGCAUCAGUCACAGUAUAUUGUUCUGAGACUGGACAAUGGACGAUGAGAGAGGAUAUUGCUGAAACAUUACCAGAGUUAAAUCAAAGAGAAACGUUUCAAAAUAUUUCGGUGAGAAGGGUGAUAGAUGAACCACCAGUAGCUGUUAAUGGAAGAUUGUAUUGGAUAUUGUUUGGAAUGGUGAGAGGAGUUAGAGGAGUUGUUGGUUUUGAUCCUUUAAACAUAAAAUUUCGUUUUAUUAAAUUGCCUUAUGUGAUUGGAAGUAAUAAUUACGAUAUUGACCAAUUCUUGCAAUUGAGUGUUUCAAGUGCUCGUAUUGGGGUGGUUAAUGGGAGGUUGCGUUUGGCAAGAUCUUAUCCACUUGCCAAUAUGUCCAUCUACACUGUUUUGAAAGUUUGGGAAUUAGUGAAUGAUGAUGAUAUUAAUGAGGUAGUGAAUUGGGUUUUGGUGUAUGAUGUUAAAGUGAAAGGGGAUGUUAAUAAUCAUUUAAGUAUGGAUAAUUAUAGGAUUAUUGGUUUGUGUCCUAAUCUAGAAGGUGAUGAAUUCAUUUUUCUAGGGAGUAGUAGUAGAACUGCUUCUCGAUUUGCUCUUUACCAUUAUAAGAUUGGAAGAAUUGGAUUUCAACAACAUCACCACAAGAUAUUUCCAUAUGAUUUUGAUUUCAAGUUUCGUUACAAAUUACCCUAUGUUUUUGCUCCAAUUCAUCUUCCCAUCCCUACCAAAAUUCCUAUGCUUCCAUCUGUUUAAUUAGGUUUAGUUUGUGUCUUAUCUUGAACAUUUGUAUUCAUUUAUCAUAUAUAAGAAUAACUAUAUUAGCACUGUUACAUAAUCAACCUAUCUUCAUAUUAUUUGAUUGAGCUACUCAUUUGAGAUUUUUUUAUUAAUUGUUUAAAGUGGUAUU